AUGGCGACCCCAGCGAGCGGCCCAGGACUGCUGUAUGUGAACUCGAAAAUCACCUCCAGCGAACUCUCUGCCGAGCUCUUUACGAAAUGGUACCAAGACAUCCAUAUUCGCGACAUCUUUCAAACAUCCGGUAUAAAUGCCGCCUUCCGUUACAUCACGCAGGUGGCCAAGGUCGAGAGGCCUUACCUUGCACUCUACCCACUGAGGGACCUCGCGUUUCUCACAAGCGACGAGUUCAGAGCUAUUCCGGUCGUGAGUGAAAUGCUCCCAGCUGGAGCUCAGGACAUCUUUGAUCUUGCAGAUUUCGAUACCAGAUACUAUAUUAGUCUUGGUGACAAUCGGGAGGCCGAGGUUGAGAGUCAAGGUGCGGACACCUAUUUGACGACCGUGCAAUUCGAUCUACCUGCAAGUGUGGAUGGCUCAGACGACGCCAAGGUCGCAGCAUGGUAUCGAUCUCAGAAUCGAAGCGUUCAAUCUUCGUCCAUCAGACUAUACAAGCUACACUUUCAACGACAGAAUCGCCGUCCACCAGAGGAAAGUACUCUUGAAAAGCCGCCAGCAAUGCUAGCCUUACACGAAUUCAUAGACGAGGGAACCGCGAGCGCCUUCGGACUCUCAGUCAAGAAGUCUGAGCGAGUCGCACCCUUCAAGCUUCUGCGCGACUUCCACAAGGGGAAAGGAGGCCAAUGA